UCCUUUUCUUCAUCAUCCAGCAACCCAAGGAGUCCACUGGCCUCAAUCAGUUUAAAAUAUCCAUUUUGUCUUCCAAAAAUUGCUACAAAAAUUCUCAUUUUUACAUAUUUUAUGGUCCUCUGCUAUGAUAAAAAACUGGACCUACAUAAAACUCAAGACUUCUUUCAAACAAAGCAAAAGCUGAAAAAAAGCAAAGCUUUCUGACAAUGUACACAUGCAAGUCCUUAUUAUUCCUGCCAUAGAAUCAAACAUGCUUAGCUUUUGGGCAUCUCAAGUAUGCCAAACUGCAGCUUUUUCAAAUCCUUAAGAUUCAGACUCCCAGUUCUUGGAUAUGCUGUACAUAUUUGUUUGUUUGUGUUUUAUGUGUAAUUAGAAUAACUGUAAGUUAUGUCUUCUGUGAUUGUGACAACUUAUCAGAAUAUGGGGAGUCUUAGUACACUGGAGCUUAUGCUUGAGGAACUUCAACAAGUAGAGGAAAAUACAAAUGAUUUGCCACCACCUUUGCCUGUUAGGCCAAUUACAAAGGCUAGGUUGCCUAAGGGAAGAAGAAAAUUGCCAGAGUUUGGUAAAGAAAAGAAUAGAGUUGAAGAAGAUGGAUAUUCACAGGUUAAAUGUGGUAUGUUUGAGAGCACAAGAACAAAGGAAGAUGUAUUUCUUGAUCAACCAGUUCAUCAAUGGGAUUCAACAGAUAGAGAUUCUGCAGCCAUGACAGAUAAGAUUUGUUUAAUGAUUGAUCUGAGAGAAGGAGCUGGACUCAAUGCAGUAGUGGCAAUUCAGAGAUGCUUUCGCGGCUACCAAGCCCGCCGGUACUUUCAUCAGCUUAAAACUGGAGUAGUAGCACUACAACAAUUUGUGCGUGGUGAAAUUGCAAGAAAGUAUCAUCAGGAUCGCAGAAGGAGGUUGACGGCCAUUAUCAUUAUACAGAAACACAUAAAGGAGCACCAUCAUAAAAGAAUAGAACGACAACUUACUGCGGCCACACGUUUACAAUCUGUUAUUCGAGGUUGGUUGACGCGAAAACAGUUCAAUACCUUAGGUAAUGGAAAGCUAACUUGUGGUCGGUACAUUAGAGAAAAGAAUGACCUUGACGAGAAGGAGCAAGAAACUAAGGUACCGCGCUCAGUUCUACUUGAUCUUCAGAGGCAUAUUCUGAGGACAGAGGCAGCUCUGGAGAGAAAGAAAGAGGAAAAUGCAGCUUUGAGGCUACAUAUUCAGCAUUAUGAGAAAAAGUGGAAUCAGUAUGAGUCAAAGAUGAAAGCUAUGGAGAAGAUGUGGCAAGAUCAGUUAACGUCUGUACAAACAAGUCUGGCUGCGGAAAGGAAAACACACAGCGGUGAAAAAACUAAGGGAGAACUUAGACUACUGAUGCAUCAAGAUCAAGAUCAAGACGAGGAUGAUGAAUUCCCAAGAACUACGACCCUUCAAAGGAGUGAACUGAAUCUUUCCAAUGAGGUACAUGAUACACGACCACAACAAAAUGGAGGAACAAAUUCCGAGAACCAGCUUAAUAACCAUCAUGUGAUGAAUAUGGUCAAUCAUUUUCAAAAUUUUGUCCAUGAUCAAUGUAAAUCGGGGCAGGAGGCGUCCAUCCUCUGGCCUAAUGAUGAGCUUCAAAAGCUGAAGGUUAGAUUUGAAGCAUGGAAGAAGGAUUACAAAAGUAAAUUGCGGGAGGUAAAAGCAACAAUGAAGCAACUUGGACACUCUGAAAGGGGGAAGGGUACAAAGAUAUGGUGUGGAAGAUGAAAAAGUUAGUGUCUUAUAGCUUUCAGCCUUUUCUUUUGAAGGCGUAUAUUUGGUCAUUUAGCUCCCAGAAUCAUCUGUUUGCCAAAGUAGAUGUCACAUCAUCUGCUCCGCUUGUUUAUUCUUCAUACCUCAAAUUAAUCUUUUUACUAGGUAAAGGGGAAAAGGGAUGACAUAUACUAUGUGUACUAGGGGAAGAUGGGAAUACAUGUACAGAAACAAGCAUAGAAAAUUGUCAUUGUCACACAAUCAGUGAAAACAUGCAGAUCUGCAUAUUC